CGGGGGGAGGCACGGAGAGGAAACACGGGUCGGGCGCUGCCGCUUUCGCUUUCACCGAGAAGAAAAGAGGCGAAGCGGCGAUGGCGCUCCUCGACGUUUGCAGGCUGGAGCGCGGCGCCUGGGACUGGAACCCGCUGGGAGGAGCCGCCACCCCGCGGCCGGGGGCACCCGGGCAUUACGCCUUCGGGGUAGAGAAGCCCCAGAUCGCCGUGCCCCCUGGCAGGCAGGUGAGAUGGGGAAGGCGGCGAAGAAGAGGCGGGAGGGCCACUGCGGCUAGGCGCAGCAGUACCUUUCCAACGCCAGCGAGCGAUCCCUGCCCGCCGCCCUCUGCUGGGCGGUGGCAGAAGCAGGAAAAUAUGUAUCUGUAUUCCGGAAGGCGCAGAUUGGGGCCCCGCUUUGACCUACAUGUUAGGAUCUGGAAAUCGUUGUUGUUGUUUAUACCUCACCCAUCUGGCUGGGUUUCCCAGCCACUCUGGGCAGCUUCCAACAAAAUAUUAAAAAUACAAUAAAACAUCAAACAUUAAAAACUUCCCUAAAGGGGGCUCCCUCCCCUGCCCUCUGUCAUUUGUUCUCCCAACCCACCAGAGGCUGCUGUGUUUUUGCAUUUGUUCAGUACUGUCGUAGCAUCUGUCUCUGGACCCAUGUGUGCCUCACGGAACUUUCUCCUUGCUUGAUCUGUGUUAACUUUCAAGAAAGCCUGGUGGGAUGACAGCUCUUUAAAAGCAGUGACCCUAAAACAACUCCAAACUGAUGAAAUCGGGUUUAACUGCAUAUCAGAAGUGCAUUCCUUCGGAUGUAACCACCUGGGUCUAGCAAGGAAGGGUGGGGAAUCCCCCUUUUCUUUGGGAAAAUGGGCUGCCCCUUUGGCUAGUGGCAUAAUCUGCGGGUUGCCUUCUGGUUGGAUUUUAUUCUGAUCCUGAUUGGAUUUUAGGAUGUAUUUUAAUUAAUUGUCUGAUUUUAUGUUAAUGUGUUAUACAUUUGAUGUUAGCCGCUCUGACCCCAGUUUAGCCGGAGAGGGCGGGGAAUAAUAAUAAUGCCCCAUUUCCAAUUGUUAUAUGAAAAUUCAGAAGACCCAAAAGGAGACAGAUAGGGAGCUUUUGUGACUGCUUCUGCCUCAGGCUCCAAGACAGCCUCCCGCAAUGCCUGGCUUUCUUUUAUAUCUUACUUAUGAUACUUUGCUGUAAUACUGGGGAUUUAUUUUAUGAUUUGCGAUCUUGUCUUUUGCAAAGUUAACUACUUUUAAAACGCCUGCCUGCUGAGAAUGACGCUGCCCGUGAGCAUGUGCAGAAUGCUGCUCACCGGCCUCCACCAGCACUUGAAAGAUCUGUGAGGAAGAUUGACAUGUGUCACUUUGAAACGGGAUGGGGUGCCGAGCCGAGAGGCCCCCACAGCAAGUGCCGCAGUGACUUAGGACAGAGGGCGGGAGGUGGGUGGCGGCACCAAAUUUUGGCAUCGCACAGGACACCGCUGAAAUUUGAGAGCCCCAAAUCCACCACUGCCAGCUUGAUACCAGUUUGUUUUGUUUUUGUUUUUUCAAUGUUUUUUGUUUGAUUUUACAACUCCAGUCACAAUUAUAAUCACAUACGGUAAAAACAGCACAAGAUUCUUCUGAAUCUCAGGACUCCCCUCCUCCCCUCUGUGGGUUCUUUAAGUAACUUUUUAAACUGCAUAUAAUAAGUCCAUCUAAUUUACAACCCUCCAUUAUAUCUAAAGUCUAUGCAUCACUGCAAGAGUUACCGUAUUUUUCGCUCUAUAAGACGCACCAGACCAUAAGACACACCUAGUUUUUGGAGAAGGAGAACAGGGAAAAAAAUAUUCUGAAUCCCAGAAGCCAGAACAGCAAGAGGGAUCGCUGUGCAGCGAAAGCAGCGAUCCCUCUUGCUGUUCUGGAUUCUGGGAUAGCUGCGCAGCCUGCAUUCACUCCAUAAGACUCACACACAUUUCCCCUUACUUUCUAGGAGGGGAAAAGUGAGUCUUAUAGAGCAAAAAAUACGGUAGUUAAAACCUGCCAAAGAGUUCAAGUGUUGACAAUGGCCUUUCAAAUAUACUGUACAUUUGUCUCCUUCUUUAUAGAAGCUCAGCUUGAUACCAGUUUGGGUAGGGGAGUGUUUUGCGGCCGUCUUCCUAGGAGGAAAGGAAGCACCCAAACAUUGGGAUAAUUUAUUGUUGCUGUGUAUUACAGAAGUCUCAAAAGUGGCUUCAGAUGGCAGAUAAAAGAGAUUUCUAAGCAUUAAGCAUUUCCGUGCCUUGCUUCCUCCCCCCCCCCCAGCCUUCUGAGUUCCUGCAGACCCACUGCGAGGGCAGCGGCAGCAGCGGGCAGCGGAUUGAGCUGGAGCAUGGCACCACCACCAUGGCCUUCACUUUCCAGCAUGGCGUCAUCGUCGCCACCGAUUCCCGGGCAUCGUCCGGCAGCUACAUCAGUGAGUAACCACAGAGACAUAGAGAGUUGAAAUGGCGCCACAGAUUAAAUGGAGGAGGCCUGGCUGACCUGGGCCUAGACUAUGGGGGACAGAGGCUCCCCACCGCUGGCUUGAACCCUUCACAAACAACUCUCUUCCCCAUAGGUGCAAAGGUGGUCAACAAAGUCAUUGAGAUCAACCCCUACUUGUUGGGCACCAUGUCUGGGAGUGCUGCAGACUGCCAGUACUGGGAGCGACUCCUGGCCAAACACUGCAGGUUGGUAGCUAGAAUCAGAGAUUUGUAGAGUUGGAAGGGACUCUGAGGGGCAAUCUAGUCCAACCCCCUGCGACGCAGGAAUCUCAGCUAAACUCGGUAAACCUCCGUCUUCUGCAGGUAUUUUCCCCAUCUCACAAAUAUGCAGGGCAGGGCAAUGAGGAGAAAAAAAAUGAAUUAUUGAGUGUGUGCUCAUGUAAAGGCAGCCGGGCUGACCCAUAAGAAAACUCCAAUAUCCAUUCAAAGGUAAUGCCUUUUAUUAGGCCAACCAAAGUGGCACAAAACAGUUUUGCAGGUCUGAGAGUUCUGCAUAAUUCUUCAUCUAGCCUGAUGAAGAGUUCUGGAGACCCCGAAAGCUGGUAUGCUUUUAUUGUGAAUAUUUUGGUGGGCCUGAUAAAGGUAUUGCUCUGAUAUGUAUUGACUGUCGUUUUUGCUUCCUAAAAGUCACAUGUAGUGUAGCAAACUUGAGCAGCGAGGCAGGAUCCUUCCGGUCUUCCCCUUUGGGAAGCACAAGCUAGGAUCUGGAAUAAUGUGUCGUGAUAUUCUUCUUCUGACCCCCUCCCCUCCCCCGGGUCUUCUAGAAAUGGUGGCUCAGCAGCUCACAGCAAAAAAUUACCAGGCCAGACCUCCUCUUGAUGGAUUAUAAUCUGAGCCCAGCCUGGAUCUGGUUGAACGGAUUCCAGAAGGAUAGUGAAGCCCCGACAUGGGAGCUUGGCCGCCACAGUUUUACUUGGGAGGCCUCAAGAUGGGUCGUUGGCCCACCUGAAAACGGCGGGGGGUGAUGGAGUUAUGAAAAAGAAGAGGAGAGAGCGACUCUCCCGUUAGUUCUCCUCCUACUUCUCUUUACCUCUCCCCUUCCUUCCUUCCUUCCUUCCUUCCUUCCAAGCACAAUUCAAAAUGUUGGUGCUGACCUUUAAAACAGCCGCGGCCCAGUAUACCUGAAGGAGCAUCUCCACCCCCAUCGUUCAGCCCGGAUACUGAGAUCCAGCUCCGAGGGCCUUCUGGUGGUUCUCUCAUUGCGAGAAGUGAGGUUACAGGGAACCAGGCACAGGGCCUUCUCGGUGGUGGCACCCGCCCUGUGGAACGGCCUCCCAUCAGAUGUCAAGGAGAUAAACAACUUUUUGACUUUUAGAAGACAUCUGAAGGCAGCCCUGUUUAGGGAAGUUUUUAAUGUUUGGUGUUUUAUCGUGUUUUUAAUAUUCUGUUGGGAGCCACCCAGAGUGGCUGGGGAAACACAGCUAGAUGGGUGGAGUAUUAAUAUAUCAUUAUUAUUAUUUCUUCCGGCAGGUUGUACUACUUACGCAACAAGGAGCGAAUCAGCACCUCGGCUGCUUCCAAACUGCUGGCCAACAUGCUUGUUGAGUACAGGGGGAUGGGGCUGUCUGUGGGGAGCAUGCUGUGCGGCUGGGACAAGAAGGUACCAGCAACGUGACCGCAAGGAGGGGGGGCAAUUGGGGGCAGGCAGAGUGGGGGGGGGGGAGAAUCACUCAGGAAAAUGGGAGCUCAGUGGGUCAGAGAUGACUAUAAGGGGUGAGUCAAAGGAGGGGCUGCUGGGUAUCCUGAUGAGAGAGGAAGUCUGGGUGGAAGAGCGAUUCUAGGAUUCCUCCUCAUUCAUUGCCAGCCAGGUCCUGACUGAAUACACACUACACAUUUAAAGCCACCCCACCACACCCCCCAGAAUCCUGGGAAUUGUAGUUUUCAAAGGUUCUGGGAAUUGUAGUUUAUCUAUUUGUUGGUUUAAUUUGUAUUCCACCCUUCAUCUGAACUUCUUCUUUGGCGAUCCCUCGUAGCCGAGUAAGAUUGUCUUCCAUGAACACAGUCUUAACAGAAAGUCUGUAAGUGACUGUGGAGGCCAAUUCUGGAUCCACACUUCCUUGCACAGUGGGGACAUUGGUUUCCAGGAGGGAGUUGAUCACAGUGAGGGUUUGCCAAGUGUGCCUUCCUCUUAGCACGUUUCUCCCUUUCGUCCUGAGUUCGAGCAUCUUCAAAGUCCAUGACACCUUUGGUAAAGGCUGUUCUUCAACUGGAGCGCUCGCAGGCCAGUGUUUCCCAGUUCUUGGUGUUUAUACUACAUUUUUAAAGAUUUGCCUUGAGAGAGUCUUUACACCUCUUUUGUUGACCAUCAGCAUUACGCUUUCCAUUUUUAUGUUCGGAAUAUAGUACAGUGGCACCUCAGGUUACAGAUGCUUCAGGUUAUAGACGUUUCAGGUUACAGACUCCACUAACCCAGAAAUAGUACCUCGGGUUAAGAACUUUGCUUCAGGAUGAGAACAGAAAUUGCGCAGCGGUGGCGCAGCAGUAGCAGGAGGCCCCAUUAGCUAAAGUGGUGCUUCAGGUUAAGAACAGUUUCAGGUUAAGAACAGACCUCCAGAAUGAAUUAAGUUCUUAACACGAGGUACCACUGUAGUUACUUUGGAAGACAAUAAUCAGGCAUCCGCAGAACAUGACCAGUCCAAUGAAGUUGGAUGAUGUUGAAGAGAAUUGCUUCGACAUUGGUGAUUCUUGAUUCUUCCAGUACACUGGCAUUAGUUUGCCUGUCUUCCCAAGUGAUGUGUAAAAUGUAUUUUGCCCUUCAUCUGAACAUCACAGGACAGUUCACAACAUAAAAAUAUCAAAUGAGAACACAAAACACAUACUAGAAGCAAGAACAAACCUGCCGUCCCACAAACAUAUUUAAAAGGCCAUAGAAUCAGCCAAAGGCCUAGUUAUAGAGGAAUGUUGUCACCUGGUGCCUGAAGACAUGUAAUGAAGGCGCCUGGCAAGCCUCCCUGGAGAGAGCAUUCCACAGGCAGGGAGCCACUGCAGAAAAGGCCCUGUUCUUGUGUUGCUACCCGCUGGACCUCUUGUGGAGGAGGCACACAAAGUUCUCUGAUUAUCUGUUCUGUGGGGGUCAGUAAACUAAUGUUCCCAGGAUUCUUUGGGGGAGGAGGUUUUGCUUUAAAUGUAUGGUGUAAACAAGGCUGAUAAAUAUUUAUCACACCGCCGGGAAUUCACCCAGGGCACAUUUUCAAGAGAGGUUUAGUGGAGGGGGUUUAGUGUGGGUCUUGGGGGGCACAUGGGAAGUGCUGCCAGAAUGAGGGCCUGAGGCAGAGAAACAACUUCGUGACUUUCAAGGAGUGGGGUGGGAAUGAGCGGGUGGGGAGUGGGUGCGAGAUCAGCUAGGCAGGGGACUUGGGUGGAAGCGGCCGCGAUCAGAGGCAAAAGAGGCCAGACCUGCGGGUUCUUCCUCUUUUUCUAGGGUCCUGGACUUUACUACAUAGACGAUAACGGGGUACGCCUGGGUGGCCCCCUCUUUUCCACGGGAAGCGGGAACUGCUAUGCCUAUGGGAUCCUGGACAGCGGCCAUCGCCCCGAUCUCAGCGUGGAGGAGGCCUACGAACUCGGCAGGAAGGCCAUCUCGUACGCCACCCACCGCGAUGCCUACUCAGGCGGUGUGGUGAACAGUAAGUGCCCCCCACCCUCAUUCUGCAGUCCCAGCCCCACGUCCCCCUCGUUUGGCGAGAGCCUGCUUUCAUUUUGCACAAGCCCACUGGUGUGGUGGUACUUCUCUGUCGCCCCGUGCAGUGUAUCACAUGAAGGAAGACGGCUGGAUCCGGGUCGGGCGCACAGAUGUCAGCGAUCUGCUCCACCAGUACGCCGAAGCCAAGAAGUGAGCAGCCGGGAACCACGAGGAACGUUGAAUGUGCUUCAACACUCAGGGGCGAAGGGCAGAAAGGGACAGAGCUACAUUUAUGACGGGGCAGCAAUAAAGUAUUUUCACUGAUAAAGUCUUUGAUUCGGUGCUGGUGUUUUAAAUAAGAUUUUAACUGGUCUGAA